ACUUUUGGAACGACUGAAAGCCAACCAAAGUCCUUAUCCUUAAUCAUAUUUAAAUAUGUUUGUGCGAUCAACCGAGCAAAGGUCAGGUCUUGCUUCACCGACGCGCGAGUAACCCAGCUCCCGUCACAUUUUGAGCAACGGUUGUCAUUUAUUCUGUGUUUGCUGAGAGAUAACAGCGAGGAAGAGACGCCGUUUACUUUAUUUUGUGCUGUUGUUGUGAGAUAACAGCAAAGAAGAGACGAUGAACAACAGCAUGUUUCUAGCAAGCACGGCAUUAGACAAUGUGUCAAUUGCUGAUGUUCAGGCUGAUGCCUCCCUGCUGAAGUGUCCUGCAGUCCUAGAAGAGCAGAAAACCAACGGCCAUGGACAUCGCUCAAGCAGUGGCAUUGACCAUUAUCUCGCAAACCUUUCAGUGCCAAAGCAUCCAGCCUUGAAGAUGAUUUCAGAUUGUACCCAGAGCCAAGAGUGGACGAAGGUAGCCCCAAAGGAUUCCCUCGCUGGCGAGUGUCCACACCUACCGGAGACAACAUUGAAACGGCAACGUGCUUCUUUCAUUGUCCCUCACGACAAAAUCAAGAAAUUGGAAAUUGGGACACAAGAGACUGAUUUGUUGACGAAGGAUGAUGAUGAUUCAGUGGAAGAAGACUCCAUUGCCAACGCCUCGAACCUGGAUUCACUCAUGAUGAUGUUGUCAACAACUCGCCAUGACGGGACCAACACGAUUGAGACCCCAUUUUCGUUUCCAAUCCCAUCGACAGUCUGCUAUGUUGAUGCAUUGGGAGACUCUCAAUUGACAGUCUCAUCUGAGGGUUCAUCAUCCAUGAUAUACUCAGCAGAUGACCUCGUAUCAUUGUCAAGCGACCGUGAUGGAUCAAAGGCUUCUGUCACCGAUUGCAGCACGAAGGCUCUCGCGGGAUCUGCAGUGAAGACCGCCACGAAAUCGUCGGGAUCGAUCACGCUCCAAGACAAGGCCAGCAAGGUCGCCGAUUGUAGCAUGAAGUCUCUCGCGGGAUCUCCAGUGACGGCCGCCACGAAAACGCCGGGAUCGAAUACCCUCCAAGACAAGGCCAACAAGAAAUCCACAGAGGCAACUCUACGUUGCUUCAAGAAUGGCAUUCCAGUCGGCUUGAGUGGCCUGCUCUCCUCAUCCAAUGAUCCAUUCUUUCAGGGUCGGGAGUGGACAGCGAGCAGUCCUCCAAAUGCCACCAAACCAACCGUUGAAGAUUGCAAGUACGAAUCGUUGAAGAAGAAGCCUGAAAUGCCCCAUAGCCUCUAUCCAAGCAUGAAGUAUGCGAAAAACCCGGCGCUAUAUGAUCACACACGAAGCUCCGCGAAGGCUCUUCGCCGAAGCACUAUUCCAUGUUGCGAGUCUUCUACCGACCUGCAAAUGGGGACGUGGACAUCACUGGCGGGACUUGCCCUCAGUGCGAAGAGCAGCCGCCGAAACUCCAUCGCAGGCUGUGUUCAGAGCAGCAGUAGCCUACUCGAAUCCCAUCCUAGUCGGAGUAUGAUGAAGUACUUGUAUGGUGCCGCCAUCAAGAAGGGCAUUGCACCUGGACAUACCGUUGUCUAGCUGCCAGCGGACAAACAUCAUGGAAACUUGCUUAUCGGACCUACCGACCUUCCGGUACCAUAACAUUGAAUAAUUCAGAAGCUACGUGCGAUCUACAGCUAAAAUGCAACCUUGCAAUACUGAACAAACGCUUUAGAGUGCAUCAUCUUGAUUUGACUUCAUUUCCUGCCGCCAUCUAGAUAACAUAGCUUUGGUCGUAUUCAACCUUUCGAAGUACGAAUUUUCAACCAAGCUUGGGAUGCAUAACUUAAAAAGCUACUUGUAGCUAGCUAGCUUCGCUACUGUUUUAGCGGUACUUCAGUAGUAUAGGAUGU